CACGAACAUUCGCCGUGCGGCAAGAGGCAGCAGAUGCCGGCGCUGGUGCUCUUUGGGCGGCGCAGCCGCGUUGGCAGCGACGACUUUUUCUGUCCCGCCCUUCUCCAGUUCGUGUUCCAGGUCCCAUUUGUCGUCGUGUGCGUGCUGUACGUGUCCACGUAUCGCUCUUGUUCGACCAUGCAGAUCCACAACGUGUCGGGACUUGCGUUCUGGUACAUGCUCUUGUCGAUCCCCGGCAUGGCGUUCUUGAUGGUCAUGAACGUGCUCGAGCUGCACGUGUCAUGUCAAGGCACGAUCGUCAGCCACGAGAGCCGAAUCCUCAUGAAGCCCUUGGUCGUCGUGCACUUUGCUUGGGCUGUCGGGAUGUUCUGCGCCGGCAUCGCCGGUGUCGUCUUGUACGCCAUGGACGUGAUCUGCUUCCCCGACGCCAACUUUGUGCUGGUCGUGGCCGUGAACUACCUCGCAAACGUUGUGGGCAUGGUGCUCUUCGCCUGCCUCGUCAUCGGCGGCACUCCAGUCCACCAACGGCGGCAUUCGUGUGAUGGCCACGCGGACGUUGACCCCGAGCACCACACGCUUCUCUUCGGCAUCUCGGACCCGACCCUGCCCAACAGCGACCUGUACAUCCCGCACCAAGAACACUGGGAGCGCCAGUGCCAUCGCUGCUGCGCGUGCAUCCGGUGCUUCACGUGCAGCUUGUUUGGCGGCGGUGGCACGCAAACCGACGCCAUGUCGGUGGUCGCGUCCGUGUUUGCUCGGUUCUUUUACGGGUCGCCCGACUUGGUCUUUUCCGACAUCAUCGCUGGCUUUGUCCUGCUUGGCGCGGUUCAAUACCACGAGAAAAACGCUGCCGACCACGCGCCGGGCGUCCUCCGCGAAGUCGGCGUCGUCCCGACCUUCCCGGAAAACCUCGACGCGCCCAAGGACGCCGCGCUCGUGUCGGCGAUCUCGGACCUGGCGCACGUUUCCAAGUACGCGGUCGGGAUCUACGGCUGGAUGUUGUACGUAUGGUCGCAUCCGUGGACAAGCGGGCCGCAGCUCGUGCUUCGCUGCCUCACCACGCGCCGUCGGCGGUACAUUCACGGCGACAACUGCGUUCAUUGGCACCAAAUCGCGCUCGAGCUCGAGACGGGCGUCGCUACGUCCGAUAUUGUGUACGCCAGCUUCAGCAACGCCGUGUGCAAGCCCGCGUUCUGCAUCGUCCUGGACCACGAAAAGCGCCAAGUCGUGGUGGCUGUCCGCGGCACUCUCUCGCUCGAAGACUGCCUCACGGACGCCAUUGCGUACGGUGUGUCGUUGAAUGAGAUGGCCAGCAAGUACAAAUGCGACGGCACCGGCGCGUUCGCCCACCAGGGCAUGUUGCAAUGCGCGAUGUGGCUCAUGGACGAAAUCGCGCAUCUCCAAGUGCUCCCGAUGCUGUUCGACCCGACCUUGUCCGGGUUCACGCCGUCACCCGUCGUCAAUGCGUGCGCCCCUGGCACGUACGCCGACUACGGACUGACGGUCACGGGCCAUUCGCUUGGUGCUGGCGCGGCCGUGCUGCUCUCCAUCAUGCUCCGACCGACGUACCCCGCGUUGAAAUGCCUCGCUCUGUCCCCGCCAGGCUGCCUGCUUUCUCCGGACCUCGCGCUCUCGACCGCAUCCUUCGUCACGUCGGUGGUCCUUGGCAAGGACAUCAUUGCACGUGCCUCGUUGCUCUCGUUCCAGUCGCUACGAGACCAAGUGCUGAGUCUCAUCGGCCGCAGCAAGGUCAGCAAGACGCACAUCAUGCGCCAAGCACUGUCGUGGCGCCACCCGGACGAGCUUCUGCAUGCGUCCGAGGACGAAGCGGGCCACACGGCGUUUACGUCGCAACUGCUCAACUACAGGACGAUGCUGCAGCGGAUUCAAGCGAGAGAGCCCAUUCAUGAGAUGUGGAUGCCGGGGCGAAUCGUGCAUUUGAAGCGGCUCGUUCGGUCGCGCAAGCGGGGGUUCUGCAUGUGCUGUCGACCAGGCGCCGGCAUAUGCUGUACCGAGCGCACGCAUUACGAUUACGUGUGGGCGCAUCAAACGGACUUCUUGCAGAUUUACGUAGCCAGAACGAUGCUGGACGACCACUUCCCCGACAAAGUCCAUGCCGUCCUUCAGGACAUGCAGUAAACUUCCUAACAUAUACAAUCAUCGUUUGCCUUCCAA